CAGGGUCUCGAGUUUCGUUUGUCUAGGUGUUUACCAUGUCGCACGCCUAAGGUAACCAAACCGCGGCAGGCUUGUCUAUCGUCUAGAUUGAUCUGGUAAUUUCAAGUCGAUUUGGAGCGACUUCAUAGGAUGUACCGGCAACGAAAGCUGCUACUCUGCCGGCCAGGAGUCCCGCAAGCAGCCUCCUUGAAACGCAGGGCGCCAUCUCUAUUAUGGUUCGGUUCAAUGAUCUCUAUUUCGAGCCCUGAGUCUGUCGCAUGUGAAGGGAUCGUUCUCGCUACAUGCUUGAACAUGAUUGACCCCUUGUUGGAGGAAGUGGCGGGCGGAAGGGUAAGUAUUCGGUCGCGCAGUCGAGUCAACAAGUAUGGGGGAGCAGGCGAUGAAUUCGAUGAAUGGACUGGAAGCUGGAUGUAUCCCAGCGCUCAUGCGUCUGCAAGAAACCUGUGGCGUGGGAUCGACAGCUCGGUGGUCUUUGAAGAUUGUCGACCUUGCGAUCUCAUCGUGGGCGCGGGCGGGACAGCCAUCGGAUGUUCGGUGGUGCGUCACUUCUCGCUAAGAGCUAAAAGGAAACGUAACCUUGCCGAGCUGUAAUCUCCCGCUCGAGUGCUUCGCAGUAGCCAUUCAGGUGUACUCAUCCAUCGAAGGUAGACAUGUCAGCGUGUAGUAAUAGUUGUAAUAGCUUACCAAAGUACCAAAAUGCGAGAGUUGAUCAUAGAGUAGUAGCAUCGUCUCGCCCCUUAUCGGGCUGCGAAUGCCAGCUUUACCGGAUGGCAGCCACCGACUUAUCCUCGGCUCGACCUCCGCGAGUAGUCGUCACCGCCACAGCAGUUCUCAGCUUGGAGGCCAGAGCUCGGAGGUCGGAGGCUGGACGCUAGAAAAG